AAACGCUGUCAACCGAUCCUGCUGACUUUUGCGGACAAGUGAACUUACGGUUACGAAACAAAGCAGUUUCUUAAGAUGAGUGCGUUUAAGCAGCGACAAAGCAUUGCAAAUUUGUUGUUAGGAACAAACAUGAACGAUGACGAAGAUGCUCGGAAAGCAAUUUUCAUAUCGAACUGUUCCAUUGAAAAGCUUCCUGAUAAGGUCAUCUUGCAUAUCUUUUCCUAUCUGAGUCACUUGGAAAUAUGUCGCAUGGCUACGGUAUGUCGCCGCUGGCGAACCAUAGCGUACAACACUCAGCUCUGGAAGAAUGUUUCGCUGCGGCCGGAAGUUUCGGGACUGCACGUUGGUUCGUUGGAGUCUUUGCUGCAGCUCAUCUCGGUGCGGUUCGGACCAUCGCUGCGUUACAUCGAGCUGCCGAUUGAGCUUAUCACGCACACCGUAUUGCAUGAGCUGUCGUCGAAAUGUCCGAAUCUGACACACAUGCUUCUUGAUUUCUCUACGGCCAUGCAGCUGCAUGACUUCAGCGAAAUGCAAGCGUUCCCGGCCAAGCUACGUUAUAUGUGCAUCUGCUUGUCAGAGGUAAUCUUCAUGGAGGGUUUCAUGCGCAAAAUUUACAACUUCAUCAACGGGCUCGAAGUGCUGCAUCUCAUCGGCACGUACGAGAAAUGUGAAGAAGAAGAGGAGGAAAUCUAUGAAGUCAUCAACGUGCAUAAGCUCAAAUCUGCCACACCGAACUUGCGUGUGAUCAAUCUGUAUGGUAUCAACUUCAUCGAUGAUUCUCACAUCGAUGCCUUCAGCUCCAACUGCAUCCAGCUCGAGUGUCUGGCAGUUAACUAUUGCAACAAGGUCGUCGGAUCGACCCUGAAGGCUCUGCUGGCAAGAUCGAAACAGUUGAAAUGCUUGCUGAUGAACGGUACCAGCCUGAAGUCGGAAUACGUGAUGCAGGCAGAGUGGGAUAAAUGUUCGGUGCAGGAGUUGGACAUCUCUGGCACCGAUCUAUCAAGCGAGUGCUUGAUCGAUGUUUUGACAAGAAUUCCUACGCUGCGCUUUUUAAGCGCUGGUCAAAUUAAUGGUUUCAACGACUCCGUGCUGAAGGCCUGGAUGGAAGGUGGCAAUCCGAAAAGCCUGAUCGCUCUGGAUCUUGAUUCUUCCGACAAUGUGUCCGAUGAAGCUUUGGCUCGAUUCAUCACGCGUUACGGUGCACAGCUUCAGGCGUGCGUGCUUUCCGGCAUGACGCACAUCACGGAUCAGCUGUGGAUGACCAUCAUGCCAAUUCUGACCAACAUACGCAUCAUCGUGAUGGGUACAACGGAACGGCUCGGUGGUAACAUACACGUGGACCAGUUGAUGGAUACCAUUGGCUCACACUGUACCAAGUUGGAACGUUUGGAGCUUCGUUGGGAUCCGGAAAAUCUACGAUUCUCCGACAAGAGUCAGAAAGCGAUCGAUUUACUGCGUGUUAAGUGUUUGAAGCUGCGCUGUCUUGUGCUGAGUGAUGGGCGUUACUACGAAACGGUGAAGGCUAACUUUGAACGUGCUGACCGUACGACCGUGGUUCGCACUACCACCAGCUGCCGCGUGUCGGCGUACCAUGUGCUGAGCAAUUACAACGAUUUGGUUUUCAAUUGAAUUUUUUUCGCUUACAUCACAAUAAUAUCCAUAAAGGGUGUGUUUUUAUAGUUACUAUCUUCAA